AAGUAAAACAGCACUGGCAUUGCAAGACUACGAAAUAGCUACAUACCAUACACAUGCAUUUGGUUGUGAAGUUUAAAUAUUAAAGGCAACAUAUAGGCGACCAAAUUAAAAGGUUUAGGCAUCAAAGGCAUCAAUGAUGAAAUCUAGAUUCUUCCUACUUUUUCUAAUGUCUUUCUACUCUUCUAUACCAAAGAUUUUUACUACUACAACAGAUGUAAUCGCUACAAAUCAGUCCAUCAUAGAUGGUGAAACUGUUGUUUCAUCUGGUGGAUCCUUUGAGAUGGGAUUUUUCAACCCCAGUGGUUCCAAAAAGGGAUAUAUUGGGAUAUGGUACAAGCAAAUUCGUACUCAUGUGCAAACAGUUGUAUGGGUUGCCAACAGAGAAAAACCACUCACAAAUACAUCUUCAGCUGUUUUAAAGUUCACCAAAUCAGGGAUGCUUGCUCUUUUCAAUGACAAGAAUGAGAUUAUAUGGUCCACUAACACCUCAAGAUCAGUCGAAAAUCCAGUUGCACUACUCUUGGAUUCUGGUAAUCUUGUCGUGAAAGAUGCAAAUGAUGGAAAUCCAGAUAAUUUCCUCUGGCAGAGCUUCGAUUUUGCAACUGAUACGCAGUUGCCUGGCAAAAAAUUGAGAACUGGUCAUGAGGUAUACCUUUCAGCAUGGAAGAGCGAUAACGAUCCAACUCCAGCAGAAUUCACUCUCCACUUUGAUCCUACUGGAUAUCCACAGGGCCUCGUCAGAAAUGGCACAAAGGUAUCAAUUCGAGUAGGACCAUGGAAUGGUUUAUGGAGGUGUGGAGGACCCGCACCACAACAAAUACAAAGCCGCAUUUUUACAUUUCAAUUUGUUUUCAAUAAGGAGGAGGUUUACUAUAGUUUUUCUCUCAUUAAUAGCUCGGUGUUAACAAGGCUAGUCCUGACUAGCGGUGGUUCUAUACAACGGUUAACGUGGGUGGAUAAAACAAAGAGUUGGUAUCCUUACAUCAACAUUCCUCUGGAUCCUUGUGAUAGAUAUGGCUUAUGUGGUGCCUAUGGGAGCUGUGUCAUGGAUAGUUCCCCUUUUUGUGGAUGUUUGGACAAUUUUGUGGCUAAACAUCCAAAACAAUGGGAAAAGGGAGAUUGGUCAGAAGGGUGUGUUCGAAAGACACCUCUCGAUUGCAACAAGGAGCAUGUAUUUGUAAAGUAUUCUGGAGUCAAGUUGCCAGAUACUAAGUCCUCUCAGUACAAUAAGACUAUGACACUCGAAGGAUGUAGGCAAGUAUGCUCGAGGAACUGCUCCUGCACAGCUUAUUCGAGCCUAGAUAUAAGCAAAGGAGAUAAAGGUUGCUUGUUUUGGUUUGGGGAGUUGAUUGAUAUAAGAAAGAUAGCUGGAACAGGACAAGACAUUUAUAUUCGGAUGGAUUCUUCAGUGCUAGGUAAGUACUUAUGUUAAAGAAAUUUCUAACGAUGUGUUUUUAAACUUAGCUUUUAACAUAUGGAGACCAUAUUAUGCGAAAAUAGUGGCCUAUCUCGAUUUGAAGUAGCUGAUUAAAAAAUGGCUAUAAUAGCUGAGACAGGUUCAAA